CUCACGGUUGACGUUGUGGUUGACGUUGACAGAAGAUUUAGUAUAAUUUAUGGUAUAAUUAUCAGUAAACAUUUCUAAACAAAGUCCACAUUAUUUAUUUAAAUAAAAACUGAAAAAAAUGAAAGACGAUCAACCUGACCAAGGAACGAUACGAGAUCAUGUACUUCAACUAGUGAAACAAAAAGAAAAUAUAGAAAACGAAAUUAAAGAAUUAACUGGUAUUUUGACACAAAAUGGAGUCGGAAUGAAUGAUCCCCUUGUGGACAACGAAGGUUAUCCUAUUAAUUCGAUUGAUGUCUAUCAAGUGAGACAUGCUAGGCACCGAAUAAUAUGUUUACAAAAUGAUCACAAGGCUCUUAUGAAACAAAUAGAGAAUGGACUACAUGGUUAUUACACGGCUUCUUCCUCACAGAGUGGAAUGGAUACUCAACCAUUAGAUACAAGUCAGAGAAAUAUUGUUAUACACAAAGAUCCAUUUGCAAAAGUUACAAUAGUUAGUCAAGGAUCCCCAGCUGACUAUGCUGGAAUUCUUGUUAAUGAUGAGGUGAUCGAAUUUGGUUCAGUAAACUCCACAAAUUUCAAAACUAUAACAGAUAUAGCAACAGUAGUACAGCAUUCAGAGGGAAAUCAGAUCAAUAUUAAGCUAAAAAGAGGAGAAAGAUUUUUAACAGUGACUCUUAUACCUAAAAAAUGGUCGGGGAGAGGUUUGUUAGGUUGUAAUAUUGUAGCUCUAUAAAAAAUAUAAACAUUUUAUAAAAUAUAAUCUGAAAGUUACUUUUAUAAUAAUUUGUUAAAAAACAAUAGCUAUUAAACAUGCUUAACUACUUA